CGCGCGCUGUCAGCGUCAGCUUGGUGGACCUGCUCGAGGCAGCGCGUGCGGCGCCGGGGCCCUCGGCGCCCGCGGUCCGGAGGGCACCAUGGACAACAAGGAGCUGAUCCAGUACUUCCAGUCUCAGAUGAGAGGAGACCCUGACAUGGCCUCGGCGGUGGCCGCCAUCCGGACCCUGCUGGAGUUCCUGAAGAGAGACACAGGGGAGACGAUCCAGGGCCUGAGAGCGAGUCUCACCAGCGCCAUAGAGACGCUGUGCGGCGUGGACUCCUCUGUGGCCGUGUCCUCCGGCGGGGAGCUCUUCCUCCGCUUCAUCAGCCUCACCUCCCUGGAGUACUCGGAUUAUUCCAAGUGUAAGAAGAUCAUGAUUGAGCGGGGAGAGCUUUUUCUCAGGAGAAUUUCUCUGUCGCGAAAUAAAAUUGCAGACCUGUGCCAUACUUUCAUCAAAGAUGGGGCGAGAAUACUGACUCAUGCCUACUCCAGGGUGGUCCUGAGGGUCCUGGAGGCAGCUGUGGCGGCCAAGAAGCGCUUCAGUGUCUACAUCACAGAGUCACAGCCGGACUUGUCCGGGCAAAAAAUGGCCAAAGCCCUCUGCCACCUCAACGUCCCCGUCACCGUGGUGCUGGACGCUGCUGUCGGCUAUAUCAUGGAGAAAGUGGACCUCGUCAUAGUUGGUGCUGAAGGAGUUGUGGAAAACGGAGGGAUCAUUAACAAGAUUGGAACCAACCAGAUGGCUGUGUGCGCCAAGGCACAGAACAAGCCCUUUUACGUGGUCGCAGAAAGCUUCAAGUUUGUGCGGCUCUUCCCGCUCAACCAGCAGGACGUGCCGGAUAAGUUUAAGUACAAGGCAGACACUCUGCUCAAGUCCGUGGAGACCGGGCAGGACCUCAAAGAGGAGCACCCGUGGGUCGACUACACCGCCCCCUCCUUGAUCACCCUGCUGUUCACGGACCUGGGCGUGCUGACGCCCUCCGCGGUCAGCGAUGAGCUCAUCAAGUUGUAUCUGUAA